AUGGAAGAGCAGGCGAUGAGUUCAUCCUUGGGAGCCAUGGGAUCCCUUCUUGGGAAGCUCCAUGCUCAGAUUGUCUCUCCGGAGAUUCAGCUGCCAAAAUCACUGAAGGAAGGAAUCGAACACCUGACACAAGAUGUAGAAGAAAUAAACAGAUUGCUGGUGAAUCUGUCAACGGUGGAAGGUCCCAACUCCAUGGUCAAGCGCUGGAUGAACGAGGUGCGCGAGCUGUCCUACGACAUGGAGGAUUACAUUGACAUCACGAUGAGCUCCGACAUGGUGUCCAACCGCGGUAUGAACAAAGAGAUCCUCUCCGUGGUCACAAAAUUUAGGACUCUUGUGAGGCAGGCCCGUGAGCGGCACGAGAGGUACGAGCUUCAGCGUUGGGCAUCGAAUCCUAGCUACAUGGUGGAUGCGCAAGACCAGCUUCCAUCGUCUUUCAACGGGAAGGCUACAGGCCUCGUCGGCAUCAGUGAAUCAAGGGGCGAACUCAUCAAGUGGCUCAGUAACGCCGACGAGGCCCAAGGGCGGCUGAAAGUAGUAUCCAUUCUUGGACCUGCUGGAGUUGGUAAGAGUACGCUUGCUCAAGUAGUGUAUCGUGAAAUUGGAAGGCAGUUCGAGCGUCGAGCCUUUGUGCGGGCGUCAAGAGUUCCUGAUACACGGAGGCUUCUCCGGAGCAUGAUCUCUCAAGUCCGGCGCCAGCAACGGCUCCCUUGUGGUCUCGCCGUGCAAGAGCUCGUAGACAACCUUAGAACACGUCUUUAA